ACGAUCCAACGGUGCGUAGAGAAACCCUAGUCCCCUGGGGUUCUCGUCGAUCUCUUUAUAAAGAGCUCAGAGGUUCGUCGUCCUCCUUCUGAAGCCCUAGGUUCGAUCGGCCGACUCUUCUCCUUCCAUUGAUCUCUCGCACGAGUAAGCAGUUAGCUCUAGCACUCAUGCGUAAGGAGAAGGUUCACAUCAACAUUGUGGUCAUUGGCCAUGUCGACUCAGGCAAGUCGACCACCACUGGUCACCUCAUCUACAAGCUCGGAGGUAUCGACAAGCGUGUUAUUGAAAGAUUCGAGAAGGAAGCUGCUGAGAUGAACAAGAGGUCAUUCAAGUAUGCGUGGGUCCUUGACAAGCUCAAGGCUGAGCGGGAGCGUGGUAUCACCAUUGAUAUUGCUUUGUGGAAAUUCGAGACCACCAAGUACUACUGUACAGUCAUUGACGCGCCCGGGCAUCGGGACUUCAUCAAGAACAUGAUUACCGGAACCUCCCAGGCCGACUGUGCCGUCCUUAUCAUUGAUUCCACCACUGGUGGUUUUGAAGCUGGUAUCUCGAAGGAUGGUCAGACUCGUGAGCACGCCUUGCUUGCUUUCACUCUUGGAGUGAAGCAAAUGAUUUGCUGCUGCAACAAGCGUGUUAUCGAGAGAUUCGAGAAGGAGGCUGCUGAGAUGAACAAGAGGUCAUUCAAGUAUGCUUGGGUCCUUGACAAGCUCAAGGCUGAGAGGGAGCGUGGUAUCACCAUUGACAUUGCUCUGUGGAAGUUCGAGACCACAAAGUACUACUGCACAGUCAUUGAUGCGCCUGGGCAUCGUGACUUCAUUAAGAACAUGAUCACGGGGACAUCCCAGGCCGACUGUGCUGUUCUUAUCAUUGAUUCCACCACUGGUGGUUUUGAAGCUGGUAUCUCGAAGGAUGGACAGACCCGUGAGCACGCCUUGCUCGCUUUCACUCUUGGUGUCAAGCAGAUGAUCUGCUGCUGCAACAAGAUGGAUGCCACCACUCCAAAGUACUCCAAGGCCAGGUACGACGAAAUUGUUAAGGAAGUUUCAUCCUACCUCAAGAAGGUUGGAUACAACCCCGAUAAGAUCCCCUUCGUCCCCAUCUCCGGCUUCGAAGGUGACAACAUGAUUGAGAGGUCAACCAACCUCGACUGGUACAAGGGCCCAACCCUUCUUGAGGCCCUCGACUUGAUUCAGGAGCCAAAGAGGCCCACCGACAAGCCUCUCCGCCUUCCCCUUCAGGACGUCUACAAGAUUGGUGGUAUCGGCACCGUCCCAGUGGGUCGUGUUGAAACCGGUGUCCUCAAGCCCGGUAUGGUGGUCACUUUUGGGCCCACUGGGCUGACCACUGAGGUAAAGUCUGUGGAGAUGCACCACGAGGCCCUUCAGGAGGCCUUACCUGGUGAUAACGUUGGCUUCAACGUUAAGAACGUCGCCGUCAAGGAUCUCAAGCGUGGUUUCGUCGCCUCCAACUCGAAGGAAGAUCCUGCAAAGGAGGCCGCAAGCUUCACUUCUCAGGUUAUCAUCAUGAACCACCCCGGACAGAUUGGCAAUGGCUAUGCUCCCGUACUCGACUGCCACACCUCCCACAUCGCUGUUAAGUUUGCUGAGAUCCUCACCAAGAUUGAUCGCCGCUCUGGCAAGGAGCUCGAGAAGGAGCCCAAGUUCUUGAAGAACGGUGAUGCGGGCUUUGUUAAGAUGAUUCCGACCAAGCCCAUGGUUGUUGAGACCUUCUCCGAGUACCCGCCCCUUGGCCGUUUUGCCGUCCGUGACAUGAGGCAGACCGUUGCUGUCGGAGUGAUCAAGAGUGUCGAGAAGAAGGAUCCCACUGGUGCCAAGGUCACCAAGGCUGCCGCGAAGAAGAAGUGAGCUACCGUAAAUGUCAUGGUGGGAGCAGUAGCCAGUAGUAUGUGAGGUGACAUCCUAGUGUCAGUUUUGGAGAGGAAAUUUCGCCUUCAAAAGUUGUCAGUUUCUUAAUUUUCAUGUCGAUUUCAUGCAGUUUUGAACCUCCUUCGAUUCGCUGAGAGAUGAUUGUGAUUUUGAGAACAGAUUUAAAUUUGGGACAUGUUUAUCGUUUAGCUAUUUCUUUAAAUUGGAAUUAGGCCAUUGUCGUCACUUGAAGGGUGAUUUAUUUUUAAGUUUUGUGACCAAAAUGUUAUGCAGGCUGCUCAGUGGAUCAUCAAGUUUCUUCACUAGCUGCAUCUUCUGCGGAGCAAAUAGUUUUCAUCUGUUUGUUUGGCCUUCAAUAUAUUUCGACUGGAAAAUUUCUUCA